AUGGCAGAAACGGGUAGCCCUCAAUUUGUGAUGGCUAGUAAUCCAUUAUCCUCUGCAUCUGGCAUAAUUUGUGCAAUUAGUAUGCUCAUGUAUAUGUUUCUGUUUCUUUGGUUAAACAAAACACUUCUUGAGUAUAUGGGACUUCCAUGGGCCUAUUGGCGAGAAUGCAGAUCUGUGUAUAAGUGGUCAAUGGCUGCCAUUGUAGUUACGCAGUCCAUUGGAGUUGUAGUGGGUUCAAUUGCCCCAAUAUUAAGAUGUUUUACUGUCUUGAGCUUCAGAUCAUUUGCUAAGCAGAAUCGGAACUACUUUUCGGUGUUUAAAGUAGACAAGUAUUGGACUGAAAAUUUUUCUGAGUGGAAAGAAAGUUGUAUAAGUUUUUUGUCAAGUGGGCGUAGAUCUAGAGCUCUUCUUCAUAACUCGAAAAACUUUAUUCUAUCAUUUUGCAUUGGAUUUCAGAAGGUAGUUGUAGUCUCAUGCAAAAUAAUAGGGCUUCUUCCCAUUGUGGUUGUAAUCCCUUUCGUAUACUUUUCAUGUUGUUUCAACUUGGUGAAGAGGAUGUUGUUUAAUACAUCCACUGCCUUAAGCAGUGUGGAAACAAAUGAAGACCUCAGCAAAUAUGUUUUGUUAGUCGAAGAUAAUACACAGCUUGCUAAAAGAACAAUGAAAGGAAUUUCGGAAUCUAUGAAUCGGUUGAUUCAAAAAGCUGAGAAGAAACAACAUAACAAUCUUCUAAAGCUUCUUGAAGAAUUUGUUGGAGAAUCUGCUGCAUUGAACGAUGUAGUGACGUUUGAUAACGACCAGGUUCAAUCUCCACUUCCUGUUGAAUAUGUUAACAGUUGGAGCUUACCAGUAAUUAGCUUAACAUGCAUCACAGUUGUAAUCCCGGAUUCUCGUCAGGACAGAGUCGACAACUUGUUAAAAAGUGUUGGUGAGGGUCUUUUGUACACUCGUCUAGUGGAGGAAACCCUAAAUAGGGAAGCUGUGUAUGUGAAUAUUCGAAGAGCAACCAUGACAUUGUGUGCAGAGAAAAAUCUAAAUGAAUUUGACAGAAGUACCAAUGGAGAACUGGUAGAGAAGGAAAACCUUCCUCGAAAGGAAAGCAACGACUUGGACAUUGUUGAAGACGAGUUGUUUACACGACUGUCUGGCAUGAUUGCAGACAUAAUAGUUGCUUGCCUCACCAACAUACCACGCGCUAUAGCAAUGAGGUGCCAUGAGAGUGCAAUAGAAAAACGAGAGGCUAGUGUUGCGGCUGCAAUCAACCUUCUUGGGCGGACAAGUAAGAUAAUAGAAAAGCUUGAAAGGUAUGUACCAAGCAUGGAUCAAGAUAAGAUGGCAUAUAUCGACCAGUGGCGUAUUCAUUUGAAGCAACCUUAG